AUGAGUGAGGCCCCAACAACAACAACUCUAAACAUUAACACAGAGACACAGUUUCCGGUUCUUGUUCCUGUUAAAGUUGAGUCGACAUUUACCAAAGAAGCUGAACUCCAAGAGACAUCCAGAGCCACACCAUCUGUAGAGCCAAUGUUCGCGCCAUUUGUUCCUGCAGCUGGCGAGGAAGUGACUGUGACGCCCCUAGACUCUUCAUCUGUAGCUACUUCUGCCUCCUCUGUGACGCCUAGUUUCUCCGCUGACUUUGCUUACUCACAUCCUGACAUCCGUUCAAUUGAGUCUCCUGAUUCCCCGUCAACUCUUGCUUCCUCAACUCAGUUUUACAUGAAUUCUGAAACACCGGUAGACACUUUGAGCUCGUUCUCGGAAUCCAGUCGGCCACAGCUCCUCCUUGAUACAAGUGUUGCCGCUGAUAACGUGGAAGUCCUUUCAUCAGCAUCAGUGAAUUAUGUGAGGGAAUUGGAACCUCCAUUUGCCCUUCACCUGACUACUGUGGAGGAUUCCCCGGUUGAUACAGAGGUUAUCAGCGUUGAGCCCAUUGAUAGUGAGAGGUCAACUCCACUCACAGAUUUUGCCUCUCUAACAGCUGACCCACUCGCUUCACAAACCUUCGUGGCUAUCAACGAGUUGCCACAAGCAUUGCCAAUUAUCCCACCCGUUGAAAAUGUUCCCGAAACGUCAAUAGUUAUUAUUGAAGAUUCUCCAAGAACCUCUGAGGUCAUCCCUGAACCACUUUAUCUCCAGGAUGCAACUCCGACAGGUGAACAAAUGCUGGAUACUGUCGUCCUUCAUAAACAGCCUUCGACGCUGUUUCUUGUUCCAGAUAUCAGUCCUGUGGUAGCUGUCCCAACCUCGUUAUUAGAGCUUGAGGUAUCAUCCAACUCUGACCGCUCCGUGGACAGUCUUUCCAUCUAUGAGAAAGUUCCAAGCAUCAGAUCUCCCAACGCAUUAGUCUUUGAGGAAAAGUUUGUUUUCCCCGAUGACUCAAAGACAACCUCGGCACAGACCCAGGAGUUGUUGGCUACUGAGAGGUCCUACACUCUGCCUGUGCCAGCUGAACCACUUGAAAUAUUUGAAAUAUCAAACAAUAUAAAAAGAAAGGUUUCCCAACCCUCCCCGGAGCCUUCUAUCUUACUGACUGUCCCACCACAGGAGGAACUUCGUCAGUCAGUCUCCAUUGACGACCAAAUGUUAGAUUCCUUGAGAUUAGUUCCUGUUGAUACUCCUGGCGACUAUCUUUCACAGCCAUAUUUGAGUAAGGCCACUUUGCUCACACCAGCUGAGGAAGAACACCAGACUCGCACACAUACUGACACAGACUACACAGUAGUUUCUGAUACUCCUGUCCCCGCUCAUGAUAACACCAGGACUCCACUUGGUCCCUUCCUCACAGGGACAGACGUCAUACUACUGUCUGUAGAGGAAGUACCCGAGAGGUUCCAAAGUCCUGGGGCGAGUUAUCCCCAGUUGGAGAUCUCCGCGCCCGCUCACGUUGCUCUGGAGGGUGACGAAGCAGUUCAAGUUUCUAUAGCGGAGGUUCCCACGUCUCCUUCCUCAUUUAUCCUCACUCGAAGACUUGAUACUGUGAAAUAUACUACUCCACCCCUUCUUCCUCCCUUAAUGAAGUCCUCGCUGCUACUGACGUAA